AUGGAUGGUCGAAAGAAUCGAAAAAAGCAAGGACGGUACUGUCAGUAUUAUAACACAAUUACUUCGCCAUCCAAGAUCCCCAGGACAACCCGAACAAGAAGCAAGUUUGCAGAUUCUCAUCCUAACGAAAAUGAUAACUUAUUGGAUUUAGAAACAGAAGAUAAGAUAGACGAUACUCUCGCGGGAGCUUCUAGUUUAACGACGGAGGAUAUAAUAGCCGAAUACCCUGAUGACGUCCUAUCCGAAAGCGAAGAUAAUUUUGUAGCUGAUUGUACUGCAUGCGAGACCACUUGUAAUUCCGACACUGUUCACACUAGCAGAAAUUUUGAAAACCGAGCGGAGAUAUAUGAAUAUUUGGAUAACGAAGACUGGGAGAAACUUGCAGACGUCGUUUUUGACUCGGAAACUGAAAUUAACAAUGAACAUGGAAGUAAAGACGAGAACGAAGAACAAGAAGACUUUAUUGAGCUGGAUGACUCUUCAAUUGAAAGUGACGGGGCAGAUUUAGACCUGAUGACUGCACAAGAGCAGGAUCCGCCAAUUUAUUCUGGUAGUUUGCUAACAGUGACCAUGCAUCUAGCAGCUAUAAUGACAUUUGCGAUGGCAGAGAGCCUUACUGCUUCCGCGAUUUCCCAUCUGUUAAUACUUAUCUCCCUUCAUUGCCCGGUACCUAAUAGAUGCAUGAAAACACUUCACACACUCUGGAAUCACCUAGGCUCCAUGAGUGCCCCCAUAGAGUGGCACUAUUUUUGUACAAGGUGCAAUCGAUACUUGGGAAAAACUAAGCCAAUCGCAACGCAAAAUUGCGUGCACUGCAAAAAGAGCUUCGCCCCUGGAAAAAGUAAGACAUGGGAUACGUUUAUAGUAUUUCCAAUUAUCACACAGCUGUCAUGCAUGCUUAAAGACAGUUCGUUUGUAGAAGCUCUUACGUCCUACCGAUUCAACCACGAGGAAGACAAAAGAAGGCGGAACUGCCCAGAAAACAUCGAGGAUAUAAUUGACGGCGAAAAUUAUCAAUUAUUUUUUAAAGAACAUGGUUUUUUGAGAAAUCCAAACAAUUUUGCUAUUCAGCUAAACACGGACGGUGUGGCAUUGUUUAAAAGCUCCAGCUAUGCUAUAUGGCCGGUUUACAUGGUUAUAUGUGAUUUGCCUCCGCGUAUGAGGUAUUCAAGAAAGUAUCGCCUUUUUGCAGGCCUUUGGUUCGGGAACACGAAACCUCUCUUUUCAGUUUUUCUGCAUCCUUUUAAGGACAUGUUUCAAACACUUUAUAAUGACGGAUUUACCUUAAAUCUAAAUGGUUCUGAUAUAACUUGGCGAGCUAUUGUAAUAAGCACUACAAUGGAUGCUCCUGCAAAAUGCCUCUUCAUGUGUAUGAAGCAAUUUAAUGGUGAAUGUGGUUGCCCAUAUUGCAAGGCAAAAGGGCAAAACGUAAGGACAGAGAAAAAAGGCAACUGUCGCAUUUUCCCUUACGUUAAAAUGCCAGACCGGAAAAAAUUAUCUCCAUUAAGAACACACAGCGAGUUUUUGAGAGAUGCAAAGAGCGCUGCGCAGUCUCCGAGUAAAGCUACUACUGUAGAUGGCGUGAAAGGUAUAAGCAUGGCAUUUGGAUUUCCAGGUUUUAAUAUUGUCAAAGGAAUGGCAAUUGAUUAUAUGCACGCUGUUUUGUUAGGAGUAAUGAAACAAUUACUGUGCUACUGGUUCGACAAGAAACACAAGAAAUGUUCUUGGUAUUGUGGAAAUAGCGUCAAAGCAUGUGACGAACGGCGUGAGAGGAUAAAACCGCCAAACUACGUCAGCAGGAUACCAAGAAGUGUUGAGGAACGGUCGCAUUACAAAGCGUCUGAGUUACGAACCUGGCUACUUUAUUAUUCCUUGCCUGUAAUGCAGGGUAUUUUGCCAAAUGAACACUAUCAGCACUUAAUGCUUUUUGUGUGUGGUGUUUAUAUGUUGCUUAAAGAGUCAAUUUCUCCAAUGGAGAUAAACAAGGCUAAUCAGCUAUUGGAACAUUUUUGUCUUCGAGCUCAAGGACUCUACGAUGACAGAUUUAUGACUUUUAAUCUUCAUCAGCUUUUACAUCUUGCUGAUUCUGUUAGAUUCAACGGCCCUCUUUUCAGUAAUUCUUGUUUUUUCUACGAGGACUUAAAUGGAGACUUAAGAAGCCUCUUUCAUGGUUCACAAAAUGUUGAGGGCCAAAUUGUUAGAGCUGUUUCCAUUUUACAACAUUUACCAGAAAUGAUUGAAAAUGUGACGGAUUUAAACGUAAAACACUUUUGUCAGUCAUUAACUCAAAAACGAAGGGUUGGGCAUGUGAGCGAGGAAAUUGAUGAGAAUCUAAAGCUUCAGGUACUGGGAUCUCUUAAACCUUAUAUCAUCAGCGCUCUCCAGGAAGUUGAACAACUACAAAUAAUUGCUGGAAAUGUGGCAAUAUUCGACAUAAUGUACAAAUGUUUUUACCGAUUAAAACGUGGCGAUAACAUUAUCCACAGUGCAGGAUACACCCGAGUAACAAAACGAAAUUCGACUGUUGUACAGUUUACAAAGCCUGAUGAUGAUGAGAUGGCUUAUGGGUCCGUCCUCUAUUUUGUCAAGUACAAAAAGCCCUGCCGAAGCUCUACCUGCGAGGUGGUUUGCCAGUGUACUGAGCAUGGUUAUGUAGCUAUGAUAGAGGAAUAUGAAAUACUGCACUCUAAACACUUAUCCAGCUCAGACUUGAGAGGACCAAAAGCAGAAGUCAGGCAUCUGAUUCCCAUGAACAGGAAACCGUUAGGCAUUGUUUGCGUACCUGUUCAUACACUAAUUCAGACAUGUUUUUUUAUUGACACUGGUAAUGACAAUUGUUUUUUUCUUGGGAUACCUCCCAAUAGGAUUGAGCGAGAAUGAGAAUUUUUUUUUCCCGCAAAGACAAUAUAGAGUGAGAAUCACAAUGUAAAUUUACCUUAUAUAAUUAAUCCUAAUUCCAAACUGCACCCAAAAUUAAAUAUCAUUAGAAAUAUACCGUAUUACUUAUCACUGGUACUUUUCAUAAUUGUUUUUACAGAUUUUUUAUUUAGUUAAUUAAUUAUUUAUUUAUAAAUAAAUUUUUUGUGAUUUCAAGAAUAAUGACCCAUUACCAUAAAUAUUAUUUUUAUUAUUAGUUCAUACAAUGGGUAUGUGAAUAGGUUAAAGUAUUUUUGAAUACGAAAUUAAUAGAAGAGCCCUGAAUGAAGGUAUGCUUUUUUGAAAGUAUAGGUAUGUAAAGGCAUGCAUUUUUUCAAUACCAAAUACAGCAAUGAGAUGGGUGUGUUUUUGGUAUGUUAGAAUGGGUAUGUAAAUAGUAUGUAUUUUCACAUACCAAAUACAUAGAUGGCCUAAUACUGCCAUUUUUUUGGGUAUAAAAGUAUAGGUAUGUGAAAGAUAUGUUUUUUUUACAUACCAAAUACAUAGAUCAACGGCAAAUGUUUGGGAUGAAAGAAUGGGUAUAUAUUAGGUUUGUAUUUUUACAUACCAAAUACAUAGAUAUGGAUUAAAGAGAACGGUAUGUUUUUGGUAUGUAAGAAUGGAUAUGUAAUUGAUAUGUAUUUUUACAUACCAAAUACACAGACGUCUAAAAGAGAAGGGGUAUGUUUUUGGUGUGUAAGGACAGAUAUAUAAAAGGUAUGUAUUUUUACAUACCAAAUACAUAGAAGUGCAUUGGAUAGGAUUGGUAUGUUUUUGGUAUGUAAGUGUGGGUGAAUAAAAGGCAUGUAUUUUUACAUACCAAAUACAUAGAUGGC